CAGGACUUAGAUUGGUCCGCCCUUAUGACGGAAACAAUUUUGUUGUUAUUUAUUGUUUCCAACACAAGUUUCGACUACUUUGUAAAUGGCAUUGUUAGUGUUUAAUUAGUUGUGUACAGUGUGCCGAGAUUAGGAUUUAAUGUAAUGUAAAUAAAAAAUAUUUAGUGAACGCGCGCAUGCGAUUCUGUCAAAAACAGACAAAGGUUUUGUGUGAUGUGAAAAUCAGCUGGAUGUGCAAUGACUUCGUGAUAUUAGAAGUGUGUUUUUGGAAGCGACAAUGUUUAGUGAAAUUGGAUAUAUUGCCUUUCUGCUGCUCGCCUUGCCGUACAUCGAAAGUGCACACCGGCGUCGCCUGGACCACUACGUGGAACACUACGAGCCGCUGGACUAUGACGCGGACGAGGUACACCUACAGCACAUGCGGUACAAACGCUCACUGGACGGCGAUAACUUGCGAUUCAGCUUUCGCGCGCACGGCAAGCAUUUUAAGCUGCGCUUGCGACGAGACCUGUCAGCUUUUAGCGAGGAUUUCAAGGUUGAAGGCUCAAAAGGAGAACUCCAUGACGUCGACACGUCGCGCAUAUACCACGGCGAUCUGGCCGAUGAUUCACAAUCUGCAGUAUUCGGUUCGGUGACGGACGGUGUGUUCGAGGGGAAGAUAAUAGCGCACGACGGGUCCUAUUACGUGGAACACGCACGGCGGUACUUCCCUCCGAACGGCACCAGGACGCGGGUCCAUUCCGUCAUCUACCGUGAGAGUGAUGUCACUGAUCCCUAUACGCAUAAGAGGCAUGGUCCAGUAGGAGGCUGUGGGAUCACAGACGAAGUGGAGCAGUGGAUGGAGCGCAUCCAGAACUCUGGCAUAGAAGAAGAUGUGACGUCACCAGUGCCUUCUCUCGCCCCGUCGUCUGCUCAUCACUCACCGCCACACCCUAAUAGUCUUAGAGAUGAUCCGCCCAGAUAUUGGGAGCACCAUAACAAAUACUCGCGCGCAGCAAACACGGGUGAACAUUCGCGGUCGCGCCGAGCGGCUCGCGACGACAGUAACCGCAACACCUGCUCGCUCUACAUACAAACUGACCCGCUGCUCUGGCGACAUGUUAGAGAGGGUUUCUCCGAUCACCGGGACAUGUCGAAGAAAGCCGAAGUGGACAUGAAGACGCGUGAGGAGAUUCUCUCACUGAUCUCCCAUCACGUGACGGCCGUCAACUACAUCUACCGCGACACCAGAUUCGAUGGCCGCCGGGUACAUAGGAAUAUCAAAUUUGAAGUGCAGAGGAUUAAGAUCGACGAUGACUCUAUGUGCAACGCGCACCAUUUCGCGAGUGAAACGAACCAGUUCUGUUUAGAAAAUAUCGAUGUCUCCAACUUCCUGAACCUCCACUCGCUUGGCAACCACGAGGACUUCUGUCUAGCCUACGUCUUCACUUACAGGGACUUCACUGGAGGCACUCUUGGAUUGGCUUGGGUAGCAAGUGCAAGCGGCGCGUCAGGCGGUAUCUGCGAAAAGUACAAAACCUACACAGAAACAAUCGGCGGCAUGUACCAGAGCACCAAGAGGUCAUUGAACACGGGCAUCAUCACAUUCGUCAACUACAACAGUCGGGUACCGCCCAAAGUGAGCCAGUUGACGCUGGCGCAUGAGAUUGGACAUAACUUCGGAUCCCCGCACGAUUACCCGUCCGAAUGCCGUCCUGGUGGUCAAAAAGGAAACUACAUAAUGUUCGCAUCGGCAACUUCUGGCGACCGGCCGAACAACAGCAAGUUCUCGGCGUGCUCAGUGGGCAACAUAAGUGCUGUUCUCGAUGCAGUGCGCGACGGGCCUAAGCGGAAUUGCCUCAACGCCUCGGCUGACGCGUUCUGCGGGAACAAGAUCGUUGAAGUUGGCGAGGAGUGUGAUUGUGGUUAUGACGAGAUCGAGUGCCGAGAUUCUUGCUGCUACCCACGGCAAGUGAGCCCUACCGAUCGCGACAUGAACGCCACGGCCAAGGGCUGCGCUAGAAGAGCUAACACUCAGUGCAGUCCAUCGCAAGGCCCGUGCUGCCACGCGCGCACAUGCCAAUUCGUCUCCGAGUUCCGCAACCAGACGUGUCGUGAGGCCACUGAGUGCAGCCACGCCUCCUUCUGCUCUGGGCGGUCCGCCGAGUGUCCUGAGCCGAGACACAUGGCGAAUCUAACCAAAUGCAAUAACGGAACGCAACUAUGCUUGGGCGGAGAAUGCCGCGGCUCGAUGUGUCUCGCGUGGAACAUGAAGGAGUGCUUCCUGUCGUCCGCACCGCAGCAGCGCGGCGACGGCGUCACCGCCGUGGUGGACCGUCGUGCUCUCUGCCAGCUGGCCUGCCAGACGGGGCCGGAGCCCUCUUCCUGCCAAAGCACCGCUGAUUUCGCGCUGCAGUUUGGUCUUCCCCCUGGUGGAAUUAGUUUGCGGCCAGGAUCGCCUUGUGAUAACUUCCAGGGCUACUGUGACGUAUUCCUGAAGUGCCGCGCAGUGGACGCGGAAGGUCCGCUGGUGCGUCUGAAGAACCUGCUGCUGAACCGCGCGACGCUGCAGUCGGUGCAAGCGUGGGUCACCGAGAAGUGGUGGGCGGUGCUGGUGGGCGGCGUGGCCCUCAUCGUGGCCAUGGGCGCCUUCGUCAAGUGCUGUGCGGUGCACACGCCAUCUUCGAACCCGAAACGAGCACCUGCCAGGUCACACAUGUUUCAUUUAUAA